ACUGCAUCGUUGGCGUGCUCUUCAUAUGCUAUGCUUCAAAGUCGGUAUGCAGCCCACCCAAUCAAUUCAUGCCAUGUCCUCUGUCGAGCCCCUCGCUUUGUCUUGAUCGUCUGGAAAACUUACCCCUCUGCAGGGUCCCCCUCUCUUGGCAUCAUCAUCCAAACAUGCACAUCAUCCCUUCUACCAUCUCCCAAAUUUUCUCCUCGCCCUUUCCCCCAGCGAAGCGGAAUCAUUGUAGGCGCUUGUUCGAUGCAGAAACGAUCUAUGAGACGUAACCACCCAAUGAAUGCUCAUAGCGUUGCCAAUUCUCCCCCGAGGGAAAUUAGUGCGAGAAAAUCACGUUUUUACUCAAUCAAGAGUUGGGUGUUGCAAACUCUACGAUUUUGUGUUGGCGCUCAGGAAAUCAAAGUAGACUGUGUCUACAUAGUAUGCUAG